UUUAUAUCAGGUGUCCCCAUCAGAGUGCCCCCUUAAGUAAUGUGCUCCCAUCAGAAUGCCACCUUACAUCAGGUAUUCCUGUCAGAGUGCCCCCUAACAUCAAGUGUCCCCAUUAGAGUGCCCCUAUCAGAGUGCCCCCUUACAUCUGGUGUCUCCUAUCACUAUGACCCCUUACAUAAUUUGUCCCCAUCAGAGUGCCCCAUUAUGUAAGGUUCCCCCAUUGCACUGACCCCUUACAUAGGGUGUUCCCAUCAGAGUGCCCCCUUACAUUAGAUGUUGCCAUCAGAGUGCUCCUUUAUUUUAGGUGUACCUAUCAGAGUGCCCCUUUACAUCAGUUGUUCCCAUCAGAGUGCCCCUUUACUUAA